AUGGCUUCAUCGUCAUCUCGAACGAGGAGCCGAUCUCCAUUCUCGCACCGGAGACCUCCGAGCCCUUACUCUUCGGCUUCUUCGACUUGUUCAUCUCAUAUCAACAACCGUCUAUUACCUCGCUCUUGUUCCACAUCUGCUUCCACGAUUUACAACUCCGGCGGCGUAAGCGGCUCUCGAUCUAUGACGACCAUUUCCAAUCCCGGUCCAAACGGUGGCUCCGGGAAUUAUGGAGCGCAAUCGCCUGUCCCUUACCCAUCGGAGGGGCUGAUUGACGAGUCUGUGCCGACUGAGCGAGAUAGCAUCUCCGUCACCGUUCGGUUUCGUCCGAUGAGUGAGAGGGAGUAUCAAAGAGGAGAUGAAAUUGCUUGGUAUCCUGACGCAGAUAAGAUGGUCAGGAAUGAAUACAAUCCCCUAACAGCUUACGCAUUCGAUAGAGUUUUUGGACCACAAGCAACAACUAUAGAGGUCUAUGACGUAGCUGCAAAACCUGUAGUCAAGGCGGCAAUGGAAGGUGUUAAUGGAACCGUUUUUGCUUAUGGUGUUACAAGCAGUGGAAAGACACAUACAAUGCAUGGUGAUCAAGAUUUUCCCGGAAUCAUACCAUUAGCAAUUAAAGACGUGUUCAGCAUCAUCCAGGAAACUAACGGAAGAGAAUACCUGCUCCGUGUUUCAUAUCUUGAAAUAUACAAUGAGGUGAUAAAUGAUUUACUGAAUCCAACAGGACAAAAUUUACGUAUUAGAGAGGAUUCUCAGGGCACUUACGUUGAGGGUAUCAAGGAAGAAGUUGUUUUGUCUCCAGGCCAUGCACUAUCCUUCAUUGCAGCUGGGGAAGAACAUCGUCAUGUUGGUUCAAAUAAUUUCAAUUUAAUGAGCAGCAGAAGUCACACAAUAUUUACACUGAUGAUUGAAAGUAGUGCUCAUGGAGAUCAAUAUGAUGGAGUUAUUUUUUCCCAGCUAAAUUUGAUUGACUUAGCUGGAUCUGAGAGUUCCAAAACCGAGACAACUGGACUUAGGAGGAAAGAGGGUUCAUUCAUCAACAAGAGUCUUCUGACUCUUGGAACUGUGAUUGGAAAAUUGACUGAGGGCAAGACAACUCAUGUCCCCUUUCGGGACUCGAAGCUAACUCGUCUUCUGCAAUCUUCCUUGAGUGGACAUGGGCAUGUAUCGCUCAUAUGUACAGUUACUCCUGCAUCAAGCAGUACUGAGGAAACUCAUAAUACACUGAAGUUUGCCAGCAGGGCAAAGAGAAUAGAAAUUAAUGCCUCACGCAAUAAGAUUAUAGAUGAGAAGUCAUUGAUUAAAAAAUACCAGAAAGAAAUCUCGACCCUCAAAGUAGAACUUGAUCAGCUAAAAAGGGGUGUCCUUGUUGGUGUUAGUCACGAAGAGUUAUUGAGCCUAAAGCAACAGCUACAAGAAGGUCAAGUGAAGAUGCAAUCAAGAUUGGAGGAAGAAGAAGAAGCUAAAGCAGCUCUAAUGAGUAGAAUCCAAAAGCUUACAAAGCUCAUACUCGUAUCGACCAAGAAUUCUAUUCCUGGAUAUUUAAGUGAUGUACCAACUCACCAGCGCAGCAUUUCUGCUGGUAAAGAUGAUAAGUUGGACUCUCUGCUCAUGGAUAGUGAUAAUCUGGCAUCCCCUUCUUCGACUUUGUCUCUUGCAUCAGAUGCUUCUUUUGGUCUUAAGCACCGGCGGUCUUCCAGCAAAUUAAAGGAUGAAAACUCUCCAGGUGGUUCUGGUGCAGAAUUAAUUCAAGGCGUUAUGUGUCCGGAUGAAAUGGAUCUCCUCGUUGAACAGGUUAAGAUGCUUGCUGGUGAGAUAGCUUUCAGCAAAAGCACAUUAAAGCGUUUGGUGGAUCAGUCCGUAAAUGAUCCUGAGAACUCAAAACCCCAAAUCCAUAAUCUAGAAAGAGAGAUUCAAGAAAAGCAAAGACAAAUGAGGUCUUUGGAACAACGAAUAACUGAGAGUGGUGAAGCUUCAAUCGCAAAUGCAUCAUCUGUUGAGAUGCAACAGAAAGUUAUGAGAUUGAUGACACAGUGCAAUGAGAAGAGCUUUGAGCUGGAGAUCAUAUCAGCAGAUAAUCGCAUUCUCCAAGAACAACUAGAGAAAAAGUGUACCGAGAACAAUGAAUUACACGAAAAGGUGCGCAUUCUAGAGCAACAGCAAUCGAGUCAGAAGUCUUCACCGUCUUGUUCUGGUAAUGCUGUAAGUGAAGAGUAUGUAGACGAGCUGAAAAAGAAAGUACAGUCUCAGGAGAUUGAGAAUGAAAAGUUGAAGCUAGAGCAUGUGCAGAGUAUGGAAGAGAAGAGUGGAUUACGAGUGAAAAAUCAAAAACUAGCUGAAGAAGCUUCGUACGCUAAGGAAUUGGCCUCUGCAGCUGCUAUUGAGCUGAAAAAUCUAGCUGAUGAAGUAACAAAGCUUUCGCUUCAAAACGCAAAGCUAGAAAAAGAAUUAGUAGCUGCAAGAGACUUAGCAGCAGCUCAGACACGUAACAAUAACUCCAUGAACAAUGUGCCAAAUCGCAAUGGGACAAGGCCAGGGAGAAAGGCAAGGAUCUCAGACUCAUGGAAUCUAAACCAAGAUCUUAAAAUGGAGUUGCAGGCGAGGAAACAACGAGAAGCAGUACUCGAGGCUACAUUAGCUGAGAAAAAGUACAUAGAAGAAGAGUAUAAGAGAAAAGUGGAAGAAGCAAAGAGAAGAGAAGAAGCCCUGGAAAACGAUUUAGCCAACAUGUGGGUACUUGUUGCCAAACUGAAGAAAGCCGGUGGGGUCUUGUCCGUAUCACAGAGUGAUGAACUUCUUGUCACUGAGCCUCCAAUGGAAGAUGAAGCAAAAGGAUUAGAGACUAAGAGUCAACAAAAUGCGAUCUUGAAAGAGAGACAAGUCUUAAAUGCACCUGAAGAAGUAAUAGUAGCCAAGACUGAGGAGACACUAAAAGAGGAACCCCUUGUUGCUCGUCUUAAGGCAAGAAUGCAAGAGAUGAAGGAGAAAGAGAGGAAAUCGCAGGCGGCUGCAGCAGCCAACGCAGAUGCAAACUCACAUAUCUGUAAAAUCUGUUUUGAAUCGCCAACCGCCACAAUUCUUCUCCCUUGCCGUCAUUUCUGUCUUUGUAAAUCUUGUUCACUUGCCUGCUCCGAAUGCCCAAUCUGCCGUACCAAGAUCUCUGAUCGCUUGUUCGCCUUCCCGUCCUAA